GCAAUGGGGGGGUUCCCUGGUGUUUUUGGGGUCCCCCCCAUCCUCUGUGUUCCCCAGACACGCCACAGUGGCCCAAGGAGAAGGUGACACCGGUGAAGGUGGAGGAGGGGGACCCCGUGGUGCUGCCCUGCGACCCCCCCAAGAGCGCCGUGCCCCCCAAGAUCUACUGGCUCAACAGCCGGAUCGAGCACAUCCCGCAGGACGCGCGCGUGUCCGUGGGGCAGGACGGGUUCCUGUACUUCGCCAACGCGCAGGUCGGGGACAGCCACCCCGACUACAUCUGCCACGCCCACUACCUGGGACCCCGCACCAUCAUCCAGAAGGAGCCCCUCGACCUCCGCGUCGCCCCCAGAUAA